AGACGGAUAUGGUCAUUAUAUGUAAUUCAGAUGAAUAGCACUUGAGAACUGUUAUGUUAAUGGGAUUUUUACAUCUUGAGAUGAAGCAGCAGUCCUUAAAAAAGAACUACUGUGCAGUGAAAGAAAAUUGAACAGUGGAUGUGUUAAAGCUUUAGGCGUUUGAAGCGUUCUGAGGAAAAGAAUUAAAUUGAGAUCCACCCACACUGCUGCUACUGACUUGAUCAUAAAACAUUGUGUGAUAAGGCGGAAGAAAAUAUUAUUUUUCUGCAGCUCUUAAAUUCUCAUGCGAAAUUUACAUUAUUUUGUUAUAAAUGCACUCACACACUCUUUUCCAAGCUCAACUUGGCACUCUGUCCUUUACAAUGCUGAUUCAACUCCUUUUUAACCUGAUUGUUAAGUCCUUCAUUUGACAUAUUUUUGUGGAGAUAAAAGUAGGUCAGAACCCAUGAACUGGAGAACACAUAAUAUGCUGCAAACCACAGGAUAUAAAAUAACACUGAGAAUGCCAUUAGUUAUGUAAUAUCACAGAGAGUGAGGUAAUGACCUUUUCAUUGUUCCUCUAAUGUAUCGUGUGUUUAAUACUAUAUAUGGCAAAGUGAACAAAUGGUGUAGUAAUAAAAGGAAGUUGGUGACAGAUUUUGCUUUCUUUUUAAAUAACACUAUAACGCCUGUCAGCAUGUGUUCAUAUUGGAAAAAUAUCAGGCAGAAAAUAUGUAAGUCUCUGCUCAAAUUGUGAAAGGACGAUUGGCUGUAUGCAAGCAGGCAGACUAAGACACAGAAGAGUAAGGUUCCAACACAAAGUUUACUUAUCAUAUAAUCCAAGCAGGUAACAAUCCAAACAGGAAGUAGGUUAACACACACACCGAGUAUAACGAUAACCUGGAUAAGGAGUGCAGGAAAGGGAAUUAAUAAUGACGGUAACCAAGGAGAUGGAUGAGUGGCGGAAAUCUGAACACGUGACAAUUGAAAACAAACUGAAAGUCCAUGAAACCAAAACUAAUUGAAGAAAACUGUUACUUCACGCCCCCCUCCGGCAAGGCGUGACUUCGCGCUGUAAUGAAAUGAUGGCAUAGAGAGGGAUGGAGGGGGCUUGGGAGGAGGACGUGGAUGAGGCGAAGGGAUGGUGAUGGCAGGACGAGGCAAAGGGAUGGUGAUGGCAGGAUGACCAGACAAAGGGAUAGUGAAGGCAGGACGACGAGACCCAGAUGGUACAGGUGGAGGAAGUCCGAUGGAGCAUACCCAGAGCUCCACAGAGUUGACAGUCCAUGGCAGAGACGAAGGUGGGAUGAGCCAAGAUUUGGUAGGUGUGGCUGCCAAUGUCUGUGGGACUACCAACGGAGACGAGUGCCCAGGAUUAGAAGGUGCAGAUGGAGGGCCGAGGACUGGGGCGACAGUGAGACUGAGGACAGAGGUGAUGCUAAAGGGAGGAUGGAACCUGCUGCAGCCGUAGAAGGGACAGAGCACAGUGGAUGGCCCGUAUGUCUGUGGUGUAGGUGGAGCAACAACUGACCAAGGGGGAGCCGGUAGGACGAGGGAACCUGGUAGAGCCACUAGGUUGAGGGUCCCUGGUGGAGCCGAAGGUGAGAGGAGGCAGGACGGAGUCGACAGGUCGACAGGCCAAGAUGGAGCGAAGGUAUCCGAGGCCGGAGGCAGAGCCGCAGGAUCCUCUAGCACAGGCGCUGCUGAUGGUUGCUCGACCUGCAGCUUGACGUCCCGGUAGGGCAUCUCAAGAGAUGGCGCAGGGCUGCAAGCUUCUAGCAGAGGUGGGACUGGAGGACUGGUUGAGCCCUGUAAUGAUGGAGGUGACACGAGACUGUACAUAAUGAAGGUGAGUAGGGCACAGUCCAUACAAAUCAAAGAAAUGAGUAAAUGGCAGUCCAUAUCGCUCGUAAUGCUGUCUUUAAACAGCGAUGAAGGUCCAACAGAAGAAUAAUGAUCGGCAGAGCUGUCUUUAAACAGCAAAGAAGCAUUAGAUACUGGGUGGGCUAGGGUGGGAGUCGAUCCUUCCUCUCUGGCAUCCAGCAGCCAGUCCUCGGUUCCCGUUCCCUCGGCCACUGAUGUCACGGGCUCACACCCCUGGUCAGACGCGCUGAUCUCCUUUUGGCCUCAGACUCUGGCUCACAAGUCACGGCGGGUGGUCCCUCAACAUCUGCGGGGGGCUCUCGCGCAUUCUCCAUGGUCGAAAGUGCUACUUUGGCUCUGGGUCCGGCUGUGUUCUGAAUCAGAGCUGCACGCUCUCCAGAGACCUCACGAAUGCCUCCCUCCAAUUCAGUCAGGGUGGUGUUUGGGAGGUUUAUGGGGUCAUAAAAGUUUCCCCCAUCCAGAACAGGGUCUUCAGGGUCUCGUCGUUGAAUGGGCAUAUGACAGCAAGACGAAAAAACCCAGCAGAGAAAGAGAAAGAAUCGGUGCUCUCCUGAGCCACCUGGAUGAACCUAGCAUUCCAAUCCAUUUCUUGGGGUCCGGUCAUCAGUAACAGGCAGGCAGACGAAAACACAGAAGAGUAAGGUUCCAACACAAAGUUUAUUUAUCAUAUAAUCCUAACAGAUAACAAUCUGAACAGGAAGCAGUUUAGCACACACUGAGUAUAAUGAUGACCGGACAAGGAAUGCAGGAGAGGGAACAACUUCAGUAGCAAACACAAACGAGAAUAAUAGAACACAGCUGAAACAUAUGAACUAAUAAUGAUGGUCAUCAAACUGAAAGUCCAUGAAACCAAAACUAACUGAAGAUAACUGUUACAUCGGCAUGAAGAAGCAUUUUCACACAUGAAUUGGCACCUCUGAGUCCAGACCUUAAAUUCAUUGAAAGUCUUAGGGAUGUGCUGGAGUAGACUUCACAGAGUGCUUGACUCUUGCAUUUUCAAUACAGCCAUUCUUUCACAAUUUAAGCCUGAUGAAUCUUGACAUUGUCAUCCUGGAAAAUGGCCAUGAUGUAUCUUCCUACAUGAUUGUUUAAGACAUGAAAAGCUACACACUUCAUCAAUUAGGGUUAGAAGAACUGUUGCCAAAAAUAUAACAUGCUAGAAACAGUGAUCAAUGCAGUAAUGAUCCAAUCAUAGAUUCUUGAGUACUUGCCUAUUUAAAUCCAAACAUCGACUUUUUUUUUUUUUUUUUUUUUUGGCCGGGCAGUGUAUAUUAAUAUUUACCUUCUCAGCUUGUGGAAAAGCUGCUUGGUCCCAAAGCAUUUCUUUUAAAUUUUGUAUAUUAUAGAUGUACUUAUAUUUGAACUCCCCAACUAGGGACCCCCAGUGAAUCACACUAUUUACAGCACUGUAUGUAUUGUAAUUAGCCAGUACACACUAGAACACAUGUCUAAAAUAGAAAAUGUGAUGAAAGGUGAUAUUAUGAAGUACUUUGCAGAGAAAAAGUACAAGACUACAGGGAACUGGAGGGGCUAGCUGAGGUGAGAGAGAACAGAGACUGCACUUUGUUUUAUGACACAUACAUAUGCUUUCAAAGGCAAAUUGACAAACAACAAGCGUAGGAUCAUGCUUGUUUGCUUCUGCUUUUAGGGCUGUAUAAGAGGAGUGUUGCUUUCCACCUAAUGCUCAUCAGAAACAAAGGAGAGAUGGUUACAUGCUCUUCAGUGGCACACCUGCAGAGCCAGGCAGAGAGUCUUGCCAAAUGCUAUUCUUCUCUACGUCCUGCUGGUCUGCCAUGCUGAUGACAACAGCUCAGCGACUGUUGCUGUGGCAGUGGACGUGAGCACUACUGCAGAAAAUGUGGUUCAGUAUAUCAUGCAGCAAUGCAAACUACUGGGUGAAGUCUCGGACUACCAGCUGUGUGUGAACUAUGAAAAAGAAGAGGAAACAUACCCCCUUAUUGGCCAUGAGCUACCAUUCUUCAUUCUGCAUCAUUCCCUGAGAAGUCAGCAAGACCAUCUGAACAUGCCCAGUGAGCCCCUGCAGGAAGCAUUUAGUUCUGCCCAACAGGCAGAGGCCUCUUCCAAGACCCCUCACUUCAUACUAAAAUCCAGAACACGCACGCCUAGUGGUGCUUUGCUGAAACACAAAAGAAAGAGGUCUCUGAUAGACUGGGCUCUGAGGAGGGGACACUUUAACCAAUCUGAUGGCCAGUCUGACCCACAAACUGCUUCUCACAAGCUAUUUGGUCAGUCUCUUUCUUCCAUUUGUCCUGACGGAAACCUGCCCAAGCCAAUAAUGGACCUGCUAUAUCUGCUGUUCUGUGAGGGUCCAGAGACCCGUGGAAUCUUUCGUCGUUCAGCAAAUGCCAAAAACUGUAGGAUCCUGAAGGAGCGAAUGAAUUCUGGGCAAAGUAUUUCACUGCAUGAACAAUCAGUGUUCGUCUCUGCGUCUCUAAUUACAGAGUUCUUACGGAAGCUGCCUGGUGGUGUUUUGUGCUGCGACUUAUAUGAUGACUGGAUUGAAGUGCUACAGAGUGAGGAUCAACAGGAUAGACUUAACAAAGUCAGAAGUUUGCUUGCACAGCUGCCGGAGGAGAAUGUUACCUUGCUGUGUCACUUAUUUGGAGUGCUACACAGGAUACACAGUCACUCAGAGGUGAAUCAGAUGACAGCAAUGAACUUGGCCCUUUGCAUUGCACCCAACAUGCUCUGGAGGACUUCCCAAAUCAGCCCUGAGAAAGAGGGACAAAGUGUGUUGCAGGUUGCCAUGCUCAUCCAGUACCUGAUAGAAAACACGCCUGCCAUAUUUGGAGAUGAUCUGGACAGUCUGUUCACCAGGCAGUUGAAUUCAGAGCAGGAAACACAUGACUACACAGAUGCAUCAUAUAUUCUUCAGCACUCCUCUUCAGAGGACACAGAUCAAGACUUCACCGUUUCUUCCCAACUAUUGCCUGAAGUACAUCCCCUUUUCCUCCCUUUGGCUGCACUUUCCCUGAAAGAGAAGAGAAGACCCCGGCCCUUUCAUACUGAUAUGCCAUCAACAGAAGGUGCCUACAGCUGUGGAACACUGGAUUCCAUUUCAUCACGUUCCAGUGCUUCUGUGAGUAUGCUGGGAGUUGGGGAGCUCAGCCAAUCACGCGAUCGAUGCCUCUCUGAACCUUCCAUGUAUUUUUCCACACCCCAAACACCGGCACCAACUCAUACUCCUGUUAUCCGCCAAUCCAGCUAUGAUGCCACUGUAAUAGACAGCAGAAAUGAACAGUCACAAGGCUCCAUGGGGCUGAGCCCAGAACAACAAUCACACAAUUCUGGAAUGGGUACCAGGCGACGACGUUACACUUUCUGGAAGUCGCCACAAAUCCCCACACGUUUCCGUCAUCCUGCUCAGAGAUUAGCCAGCAUGUCAAGUCUGUCAUCUACUACCACUUCUUCCCUCAGCUCACUGGAUAGUACGUUAUCCCUUAGCUCCGCCGAUCCAAUCCCCAGCCCUCAAGAUACACAGUCCCGGCCUUUUCUUUUCGGAACUGCUGCGAGACUGCGGCCUCUUACACCUGAAAUGUCCAGAAAGCGGUGGACAAGUACUUUCACUUACGAAGAGGAAGAGGACAUUUGGAAAGAGCGAGAUCAAGAGACUGAAAAUGAGAAAGAGAGUGGAUUUGAAGCAGCUUUUAAUGACUGUGAUGGAGAGAAAGUAGUGAAGGAUGGAGAAAGAGCUGAGAGUGAGGAUGCCAUGAGCUGUGAGUCCUUCUGUGAUAUUCAUGAGGUUAAAGGUGAAACAAGACACUCUGUGUCUGUGUGCAGCGUGGAGUUUAGUAUGAAUCCAUUACAAUCCUCCGCCGCAUGCCAGAUAGAGCCCAAUCCUGACGUGAGCUCGCAAGCGAUUUCACUGAAUCCCUGCAGUGUAUGGACAGUCCCACAGGCGAAUCAGGCUGACAAUGAGAUACAGGAAUCCCAAGUGACACAAACACUCACACACACUCCCACAAUGACACAAAAGCAAUCCAUUACCAAAGGAGAAAACUCUGUAAGUCAGCUCCAGCUAGAGCGAAAAAAAAAUACUUGCUCAAACAUGCAUGCCUCAGGUGGGCAGAAAGUGAGCAGAAUGAAAAUCACAGUCUUUCCUUUUGGUGGAAGAGUGAUGCUCAAACAUUCUGAGGUCACAGAUCAAACUGCAAACUUGCCGAUAGAAGCAGAGCAGAAAAUUGAGCCAGGAUUCAGUGUAGACAAGGAGGGAAAAGUACGAGAAUCUGUUCAGGUACAUAUCCCACAGACACUGUUUUACGGUCAUAAUGUUCCGCUAGUGUUACUUUCUACACCACCGCAGCAAACGUCAGUCCAGGUGAGGACACAUUGUACUCCCCCUGAUGAUGUGGGUGUGACAGACGCAGGUUUGUGUAAUAAAGCUAAUGUUAGCAUUGUCGCAACUGAUAUUAGCAAUGGUGUAAGCAGUUAUCCAGCAGAAAAUACCAUUCAGAGCGUCAAAUGUAUUAGUCAUAGCGUGAGCACUGUUGAUGACCUACACAGCAGUGGCUGUAUUACUGAACCUGCUAGCCCCACUGUUAGCAUUAGGGGUGGUUAUAAUGUUAACCCCAGUAUAAAGCUUAUUCACAGCAAUGCUAAUCAGAGCGUGGCCUAUCCAAAACCUGCUAGCAAAUCCUCAGGAACCUUUCGCCACACAAUCUGUAUCAAGCUCCCUGGUAGCAGAGGGAUGGCACAGAACAAGUCAUUACCAUAAUUGAAUCUUUCUAGUUAUGUAAUACUAUGAGGAGAUGAAGUGUAUGCAACAUUUGAUCUCAAUGUGUUUUUUUUUUUUUUUUCGUAAGAACGAGGUUAGGCAUAGAGUCUGCAGAUUUUAUGAGAAUUAGCGGGAGGAUGUUUUUUGUGUAUAUGUAUGUGUAUGGAGUAGAGGUUAAAGGCAUAAAAUGAAAAAGCAUUUCCACAAGGAUUGCAUUGCAAGGAUUGUGCCAUUUCAAAGGCUUCUGAAGAGACAGCACACAGAGAUGGGAGUGAUGCAGUUGUGUGAAUGGAAUGCUCAUAUUGCUCUGGCUAUACAAAAUAAAAUGAACUAUAAAUUCAUUAACAUUCAUAUCACAAAACUGAAACCAAACUAAACCAAAGCUUAAAACAAAGUAAACUAAUAAGAUUUUCAUUUUUAACAGUGUUGAGUAUAAUAAUUUAUUCAAAAUAAGAUGACUAAUGUACAGACAACUAAUGUACUGCAUAGUAGGAAUGAUUCAUAAAAAAAGACUUAAUGUUUAGUUGUUUUCAAACCUUAUAAAAAGAAGAUAUUUUGAGAAACAUUGGGGUCCAAACAACACUGGACCCCAGUGACUUUCAGUAUGUGGACAAAAUCAGUCAUUUCUCAAAAUAUCUUCUUUUGUGUCCUAAAGUCAUUAAAGUUUGGCACAACAUAAGAAUGAAAUGAUGACAAUUUUUGGGUGAACUAUCCCUUUAAGAUAUUAAUUAAAUAUGUUUAACACAACGAUUUCAAACAUAUUAACUGAAUUUUACAAUAUUAUUUUUCAGUUUUACAAUAUGCUUUCUAAAUUCUGGUCAUAAAUCAUGAGAUUAAUUGCAAAAAUUGUAUAUGUUACCUUUGUCAUCUCUAAAAUAUACGUUUUGUAAAAAAAUUUUUUUUCACGGCCCUCUGAACCCUGUUGGAACCUUGGUUUAGAGAGUGUGUGUGUGCGUGUAUAUAUAUAUAUAUAUAUAUAUAUAUAUAUAUAUAUAAUAUACACACACACACACACACAGUGAAGAAAAGCACUGGAAAAUUCCAGUCAUGACUCAUUUUCAAUGAGAGGGAAGCGUGCAAUUGUGAGCAGGUGCAAUCGCAUUGAACUGCUCUGAAUAUGAAAUCUCCAGUCUCCAUACACACAAUGUUGCCUCAGAGAAUGCUGCCAUCCUAAGUGGCUGGCAAUUCUCAAAGCAAUUUUUAUGAAUUCACAUUUUUUUUGAUUAUUUUAAAAUGGCUGUAUAAUAGAGUAACAGUAAUGGAAAAGUUUAGUCAAAACAACAUUUUGGCUGGAGUGCUCUGGUAUAGGGGGCGCAUGUGCAAAGUUCAAGCAUAAGAUUGAGACAGAUAAUAAGACGUAACAAAACAUAAUAAAAACAGAAAGAAUCUGGUGUUGAAUGCAUGAACAGCAACACGCAUGUAGAACUAGAAAAUCAAUGUGAUGUAAACAGUAGACGUCACAAAGUGCAUCACUAUAGGAACAAAUAUAGUAGAAGGGACCUACUGUAUGUGAAGAGAGCAAAAAAAAGAAAAGAAAAAAAAGAUAUAACCCAGGGAAACUGAUCUGUGUAAGAUGUGGGAUGUGUUUAGACGUGAGUGUGCAUCAUGUAGAUCCAAUGACAACCCUUUUUUUUUUUUUUAAAUAAUCAUGUGGUUCAGAAUCAUGUUUGUUUUUGUGCACAGUGGUUCAGUGGGAAGCACUGCACGUCCACAAUACAACGACAUGCAGCAUAUGUGAAUUGGGGGCACUAAAAUCAUCCGUAGCUGUGAGUGUAAAUGUGAUUGAGUCUGUGUGUGAAUGCUGGGAUAGGCUCCAGCAUACCCGCCAACCUACAAAGAAGUGGUUUGGAGAAUGGAUUGAUUAUUUACCCAAUUUGAUUAUUUACACAAUGGCAAGAAAAUGUUUUCUUCAAGCCUAAUAUGAUGGAAAUAAACAUCUAAAGUAUAAGUGCACUAGGUCUAGGAGAUUGACAGCUUACAUAAGGGUAUCAACUUUUGAUCCUUUCAACUUACUUUUGAAAAUGUAUAGAUUUUUAUCCAUGUUGAUGGAAUGUUUUAAAGUGGGACAAACCAUUAAUAUCACAAACAUCACAGAAUCAAAACCAUUUCUAAUAAUUAGGAUAUUUAUGCUGUUGUUUCCCACCAAAAUACUAAACUAUAAUACUAAAAGUUAAAAUAUUCACAAGAACAUAUGUUUGUUUUAGAAAUAAACUGCUAGCUUUUCAUGCUAGAAUAUUUAAAGGGAUAGUUCACCAAAAAAAUAAGAUUCUGUGAUCACCUCAUGUAAUUCCAAACCUGUAUGACUUCUUUUCCUCUGCACAAUACAAAGAAAGAUAUCCUGAAAAAUGUUUCAGCUGAUUUUUUUUUCUUUUUCUUCCAUAUAAUUAAAGUCUGUGGGGUACAAUGUUGUUUUGGACUCCUAUGACUUUGACCCCUAUGACUGGAUAAAAGCAGCUGAAACAUUCUUUGAGUGUGUGGAGAUUCUCUUGACAUUCUCUUUCUGUUAUUACUUGAAGUGCAUAUUUGAAGGGAGAGUGCCUUCCAGAUACAACUGCUGUUUUGUUUUUUUUUUUUAAUGGCAGGUAACAUGUUGAUUCAUGGAACAAACAUACAAGGUCUUUUGUUAGAGCAAAAAAUUCUUUAAAAUUGAAUAAGCUGUAAGAAACAUUUCUGCCCCUGAGCACAAGGAACUGCAGGACUGACAGCUCGUAAUUUGUGUCUGCAUGGAUUUCACCAAGUCCAUUUAGAUUAAGAAGUAGAAUUGUUCAUGUUCAGUUCUGUAUUCAGGAUAAAAUGUAAGUUUUAUCAUGAAAUGUAAGUUGCAAUAGUCUUUUUUUCCCUAUUGUGACGUGUAUCCAAGUGAAACGGCUUCUUGAAAAAGAAAAAAUGUAGGACAGGAUUUUUUUUCUCCAUUAGGAAUUGAUUGAAUCAUUGUUGGGGUUAUUGUUGCGAUCUCAUGUGAGUGACAGGUUGUCCCGCCCCUGUGCUGAAAACGUGUCAUCAGAGAAGACAAGAGAUGUUGCUGCAAGAGGGAGGGAGAGUUAUUUUGGUUAGAGAUUACGAGGGCAGAUGGAUAAAAAAAUGAUGUGCGCAGAUAAAUUAUUCAUAAUAAUUACUGCAAUAUCCCAUAAAAAAUAUGAAUUGUCAGUUUUGAUUUCAUGCCGAAUUUAAGCAAUAUUAGCUGUCCGGUAUGAUAUUCCUGUGCUUUAUCCUCAUCUGUGAAAACUGAAUGGCAGUUCUAUACAAAAACCUUGACAGAUUUCUUCUGUUAUCAAAAUUACCUUCAGCAAAUCAUUGCAAUCAGAUUAGUGCCUUAUAAUCUUUAAUGACUAAAAACAAUGGAAAAGAUAAAGCUGGUUAUGUAGGAUGAAGAUGAAACAUUGGGGGGAGAAAAUACAUAAUGCGUAAUAAUGAGUAGUUGCAAAUAAAGAAUUAAUUAAAUCUGUCAAUAAAUGAUUGUGAUCUGUCCAUCCAAAGUAACAUUAUAGAUGCAGGCAGUGAUGAAAUACAUGUUUUCUUUUUCUGGCUGAUGGUGGUUAUGACUGGAUGAGAUCCUGCAGUACAGAUGAGGAAGAGGUAUAGAGGGAUGUUUAUAUUUAAGGUGCCAUCAAACUAGACUUCGUGCUCCAUUCACUUUCAUUCAUGUGAACAUGAGAUAACAGGUAUAAUAGAGUGCUCCUUGUCCACCUUUGGUGAGCUCUGACCUGUGAAUUUUACCAAAAAGGACCUAAAGGUCACAGAUUGACCUGAAAGCUCUUUAUUUAUUAUUUAUUCAACUCUUUCUCUUGUCACACAACCACAAAGUGGGUGCUUCUCAAUCAGAAGGCUGAGUCUGCAUAGUAACGCUGCAUAUCUCGGCUGCCAGGUCAUCAAGCUCCUUCAAAGGACGCCUCAGUUUAAAAGAUGCUUUGAAGGCAGACUUCAUUUCGUCCUUCAUUCGGCUUGUUUUGAAGGAUGCAUCAAUUGUUUCCUUUGUGUCCUCCAAUCACCCGCACACAGAAUGAAUUGGCACUGAGCUUGUCCAAUUUCACUAUGUAAGACAAAAAAAAUUUAAAAUACUGGGAGACCACAGAUGGUUAUCAUUGCCUGUACUACAUUAAUAGAAAGGCAGUUAACAAAGUUUUUAAUGUAAAGUAUUUUUUUUAAUAGUAUUUUUGUGUAGUGACCACGGGGGCCGCCUCAUUCCCACAUUUAUAGCGAUAGUUCACCCAAAAAUGAAAAUUCUGAUUCUGAAGCUCUCAGAUUUAAGCAAAAGGAUCUUCAUUUGUGUUCCAAUACUUAUUGGUUUGGAACGGCAUGAGGGUGAGUAAUUAAUGACAGAAUUUUCAUUUUUGGGUGAACUAACUCUUUAAUGCUGAGAAGGACUCUAACAAACAAGCCUAUGAAGGGACUGGACUAGGAAGGACGCAGCCUCUUGUUUGAGAGGCACCCAACAUUCCACCUUUAAGACGGCUGUUGUUAAUCUGCUGAGACAGUGUGCAUGAUGUGCUUGCAGAUGUGUGUGCAUGAGCAGACACGUGCAUAUGUGUCAAAGUGCUGUUAAUGAAUCAUGAUAAAUGAUAGCUGUGAGAUACUUCUUACAUUUAACGCUGCCCCCAACUAUUGCUCAAAAGCUGUAUGUUUAGGUUCUCAUUAUGUGCAAGUUAUUCAUAUGUGGUUUUCUAAUAUUUCCUAAUAUUCCUCAUUAGUCUAUACUGUAUAAUCCAAAGCAACAGAAAGCAGUGGGGAGUUGCAAAGUUAACAGCAGGUGAGGAGAAAAUCUACACACUUUCAUUCAUUUAACAGAAUUUAUCGGUGUCUUUAUACAGUUUAUUUUCACCUAGUUCAAGACUAUUAAAAUGUAUAUCACGUGUUCUUUAUCCGGGUGGUUUUCAUGUAUUUAAACAAAGUAAAUGUGUUUUCAUUUGUUUUGUAAAUGUAAACACUAUUAUCACAGAUUGUAUAUUUAAAAACACAAUGUGUGCAGUGUGCUCUGCUGUUGUUGUAACUACUUUCACAGGUAGGAUAAUAUAUACACAAUAACUGCUUAAUCAAACAUUUAAAAGUGUUUAAAUAAAUUCUGAAAUCAGUUUUAUAGCUGGUUUUAAACUCGA